CACUAGAGGAAAAAACAACCCUUAGUACAUUACAUAGCUUAUUUUUCACUACCUGUUUUUCUUCAUAAUAUUCGAUAUUAUACAAUAUUAUAAUGUUACAUAUAUAAACUAAGGUCAUAUUACACAAAAUUUCAAUAAUUAAGCUAAGCUGAGGUCCAAUUUUUAUUUAUUUUCUUGCCUUUGAAAAAUUAUAUAUGUUCAUAUUUAUAUUUUAGUUAAUUCUACUAAUUAGGUAGGUGAGUGGGUUAAUAUGGGUGGUAUCUGUAUGUUCUUAGUGGGUUAAUAUGGGUGGUAUCUGUAUGUUUUUAGAUUACCGAUAUGGAAUAUUUUGGUUACAUUUGGAGGAUUGCUUACUACUAGGCUUGAUGGGAUGUGAAUAUGUAUACAUUGCAAGGCCUUAUACUAUGUCACGGUGAGAGCCGGUGCCAAAUUCAUUGAAUUGUAUACAAUCAAUUAUAUCGAAAAGGGCAAUAAGUUAAAAGGAAUACAUAUCCAGUUUUCUUGUUUCCUUUUUAGAGAUGUAAUUGAUAAUACAGUAAUUUUGGAUAUCAUGUUAAUUAUUACUCUUAGUAGCAAAAUCAGGACAUAUUUUUUUAAAUCGAUUAAAAAUUAUAUAAAAAAGGAAAGAAAUGUGUGACAAUUCACGUCCAGCUUCGUUUCGAAGAGUUACCAAAGAAAAUUGAAUUUUGGAUCUCUUUCCAUAUAAUGGAGCAGAGAAAACUAGCAUAAAAAGCCACUUUCAUGCAUGCAUGCUCCAUUCACUAAUCAUCGAUACAAUUUGUUUUUAACAUUUCGAAUGAUCACUCCUCUUUUUCAGUUUUGUUCAGCCAUUAAUUGUGCCUGCAGUAAGCAAAAUACAUGGAUCUAUUUGGUAUUAUAUACAUAGUGACCCUAGUUUGCACAAUACCAAACUACACUAUGGCAGCUUCAAGUGUAGCAAAUAUUUUGAACUACGGAGCUGCUGGCAAUGGCGUUACAGACGACAGCUCGGCAUUUUCAAAGGCAUGGAAUGAUACAUGCGCUUCAGUGGCUGAGAAUUCUACCUUGUUGGUUCCAUCAGGCCAUACAUUUCUUGUCCAUUCCAUCAUCUUUUCUGGCCCAUGCAAGCCCCUUAAUAUCUUUGUACAGCUAGACGGAGGGAUUGUAGCACCCAAUGGUCCUAAUGAAUGGAAAGGAAGUAUUGAUAGUCUGAUAUUAUUUGAGAAAGUUGAUGGUCUCACCCUAAGUGGCACUGCCACUAUUGAUGGACGUGGUAAAGGCUGGUGGGAUGCCUCUUGUGCUCGUCAUCCUCAAUUAAAGGGCUGUUACGGCAGAAGGCCUACGGCAUUGAAGUUGGUAUAUUGUACAAGGGUUAAACUUCUAAACAUACACGUGAUUAAUAGUCCACAGGUUCAUGUAAUUGUGUGGAAUAGUCAAAAUGUUGAAAUUGACACCAUGUAUAUAAACUCUCCUGCUCUAAGUCCCAACACUGAUGGCUUUCACAUUGAAGCAUCUACUAAUGUCUCUGUCGUCCACUCAAUUGUCAAAGCUGGUGAUGAUUGUAUAUCAAUUGGUGAUAAGUCUUCCUAUAUUCAUGUCAGAAACUUAUUUUGCGGCCCUGGUCAUGGUAUAAGCAUUGGAAGUUUGGGCAUAGGAGGAAGCGUAGCUGAUGUACACAACAUAGAUGUGCAUCGUGUUCAUUUCUUUGGCACAACCAAUGGGGUUCGCAUUAAAACAUAUCAGGUUGGAAAAGGAAUUGUCCAACACGUUACGUUUAACGAUCUAAACUUCCAUCACGUGCAAAAUCCAAUCGUAAUUGACCAGCACUACUGUUUUGAUCCACAUGGCUGCCCAGACUUGCCGACUGCAGUUCAUAUAGACAACGUGACUUACUCAAAUGUGGUUGGGACAGCGUCGUCAGAAAUAGCUUUGAAUCUGAAUUGCAGCAAAUCAGCGCCUUGCACUAAUAUUAACUUCAAAGAAAUUCGAUUGAAACCCGAGAAACCAUUAAAGAGUAUCAAGUCGAGUUGCAACAAUGCUCAUGGAUCUACCACUGGGGUUGUCAAGCCUGCUUCUUGUCUUCACGGUUGAUCCAUUUUUAUUUUUAUUUAUGUAGCUUAGCCCGCAUUGUAAUUAUUAUAUAUAUGUUCCAUCAUUUCCUAUCCUAUUCAAUAAUGUAUUCAUUCAAAAUGAAAAAAGAUAAAAUAAAAUAAAUUUGAACGCCUGUUUU